AUGGAUAAAAUCAAAUUAUUUAAAGAAAGAAAGAAUAAUUUAGAAAAUGAUAAAAAUAUUGAAAAUGUUAGAAACAAUAUGAAUAAUAGUAGUAUUAGUACAAGUUUAAUGACCAAUACCAUAUCUAAUAGAAUAGAUAAAAAGAAAUUUAAAUCAAAUACUAUUUCAAAUUCAAAUGAUAGUAAAACUAUUCAAAAUAAAAAAGGAUUAUUUAGUACAGGAAAGAAAUCAAAAACAAUAACAAAAGAUAUAAAUACAAAUAGAAAAAGUAAUAUUUUUGAUGAAAAUAGUUUUUUAUUAAACUAUAAAGAUUCCAACUUUGAAGAUGCCUCAAUAAAUGAUUAUUCAACAACUCAACAAAAUACAAUUAAUAAUGGUAUUAAUAAACAACAAUUUAAUCAACAAAAUCCAAGUAAUAUUCAUAAACAACCACCAACAACUUUUAAAUCACCUUCUAUCGGAUACAAGACAGCACCACCUCAUAUUAUUCAAAUUGAAAACCUGAAAAAACAAACGAAUCAAGAGUAUAUCUCUAUGAGAAAAGAAAUGGAGGAUUUCUAUGUGGUAAUAGAGAAACAAGGUCAAAACAAAUACAACAAAUCAGUUUCGAAAUCUAUUGAAAUAUCAGAUGUUAUCAUUUCAACUUUGGACGAGAUGAUAUACACCGUUCAAAAUCAAAAUGAUUGUCUUGAAGAAAUAUGUAACUCUUCUGAUCAUUUAUUUAAAAUGGUGAAUAAUUGGGUUUUAAAUACUGGUUUAUAA